AUGUUCAGAGCCACUCUCGCAAAACUGGGCCGCAUCGUCGUGACCGGCGGCUCUGGCAAAGCAGGCCAAUCCAUCAUCACCGAACUUCUCGACAACGGACACCAGAUCCUGAAUCUAGAUCUAGUCCCAACGUCCCGCCAAGGCGUGCACACCCUGAGGACCGACCUGGCCGACAGCGGCCAGGUCUUCAACGCACUCUCCGGACAAUGGGCACUAACCGAGCCCUUCCCCGAAGGCCUCCCCCUCCGCCCGACGCCGUUAUUCACAUGGCCGGGUACAUACAACAUCUGUGAAGCAGCCUGCAAGCUCGGAAUCCGGAAAAUCGUCGUCGCAAGCAGCACUACCGUGUACGGGGUAGCAUUUGCUCAAGGCGAUGCUAAUUACUCAUCCUUCCCCAUCGAAGAAGAUCACGACGUCUGUCCGACGGAUACAUAUGCCAUUGCGAAGCUGUGCAACGAGCGUGUGUCACGCGGCUUCGCAGCCCGGUUUGGGGCUGAUAUCUACGUUCUCCGUAUUGGACAUGUUAUCGGGCCUGACGAGUACAAUGAGGAUACCUUUCACAGUUAUGUUCAUGAGCCCGAGCUGUGGAAGGUACAUGGGUGGGCAUACAUUGAUUCGCGGGAUUUGGGUGGAAUGUGUGAGGCAGCUUUGCGGAAGGAUGGGUUGGGAUUCCAGGUUUUUAAUGCGACGAAUGAUUCAAUUACGAAUCUGAGCCCUACUAGGGAGUUGUUGCGGAAGUUGUUUCCUAAUACGCCUAUUACGCGGGAGAUGGAGGAGUUUGAGGCACCGUUGACGAAUGCGAAGAUUAAGCGGUUGCUUGGAUUUCAGGAGAAGCAUAAGUGGCGGAAUUAUUUCAACUUGUGGGAUAAGAAAAGGGGUAUCGCCCCGGACUGA